CCUGUGUUGGCUCUGCUUUAUCAGCUACUGGCCACACUCAGCUGAUCUCUGGACCCUGGGGUUGAGCAACGCGAGAGACAGGCAGCUCUGAAAUCACAAAGGCAGCACGGGAAGCCACACAGAUUUUAAACAAAGUCGCAGAAAAAGCUGGAUAGAAACCGCAACCUCGGGCUUGAGGAGGUGACGAGGGAAAAGGGCAGUUUCAAAAUAGAGCAAGAAUAGAGUUAAAGAUUAAUAGGGGCCAUAGUGGUGGACAGGAGGUUUUGUUUGAGGUUCUGGGGAGGAGUAUGAAGGAUUGGAGAGGAGGGUGGGGGGGUCAGAGGCAGUGGUCUGGGAGAAAGUAAUUUCAGUGACAGCCAGUGCCAGGGGACCAGAACUCAUGUGAAACAGAGGAAUUAAAAGAUAAAGGAAAGAAAAAGGGACAAGAGGCAGACUGGACGGCCCCACACUGGACUUCAGUAUGGGUGUAAAGAGCAAGGCUGCUGCAGCUAUCCUUAUCCUGCUGCUGUUCCUUGGCUCGCUGUGGCUACAGGGGGGGUUGGAUUACCACUGGGAUUCUUGUGUAAAAGGUUAUAAUCAGUUAAAUAAGCUUCACCAGCUGUCCAACAGCAGUGUGGGCGAUGGAGCUGAGAGCCAGCUUGAGCUGUGCCCCGGUCAGACCUUCCAGGUGUCACUUCUGCUCUCCCACCUGCUGGAUGCCCCAACUCACAACUCUGAUGUGCUGCUGCAGCCAUAUCUGUCCAGCUGGGACGAGCUUGUCAAUUUCAUGGACUCUCUGGGGCCAAUGGUGGGACUGAUAUCUAAAGAGAUAGAAAGUAAGACUUCUAUAAUUCGCCAGCUGGCCCUGACGGCAGACGGGAACCCUGAAGCAGAGGUAGGCCCGGAUCUACAUUCCAUAAACUCUGUAAACUCACAGGGUGGUGGGACAAAGAAUAAGGCGUCGGUGCACACCAGUGCUUAUCACUCUGUGCGCUCUAUGAUCUUGGUGGAGCUGAAUCAAGGCCUGGUGAGUUUCCACCACCAGACAGACUCUGGAUGCCGGACUCUACUGCGCCUGCAUCGCGCUCUGCUUUGGCUGAAGCUCUUCCUGGAGAAGCUGGCUGAGACACCAGUGGAGGGACGGCUCAGGAGUCCCUCUGACCUGUGUCGUGAGGCUUACAAGAGCACCCUCGCUCAACACCAUACAUGGUACGUCCGCAAGGCCGCCGAGCUGGCCUUCAUUGCCCUGCCAGAGCGGGGUUUCUUUUUCAGGCUGGUGUGCAUGCAGAACCAGGAGGAGAUGAGCAAAGUGCUGCACAGGGUGUCUCGGGCCAUCGGAGAGGUUUAUGACCGGACACAGAAAGCUCUGGAGGAACAUGGCAUGCUGGACUUGCCAUAAAAAAUGAGAUAAUCAGACUGGACACAGGGGCACUGCUGCUGUUUUACCCGUCUUUGGGUUGUGCUUCUGCUCUGUAUCCUUGGCGUCAUAUAUUGGAUUUAGAUACAAAUAAGAUGCAAGCUUUUCUACGAUGCAAGAAUUGACUUGUUUUUCACCCAGAACUCCGCUUUUUUUUUUUUCUUCUACGGACCAAAGUGCUGAGUCAACAAUCAACAUGUGACAUUCAGCUUUACUUUGAUGUUUCUCAUCAGAUUUUAUGGGGUACUAUCUCAAACUUUGUUGCUGAUGAUUAUGGUUUAGACUGUGCAUUAUUUACAAAAGUAUAAUUGAUUUUUUUAAAUAGCGCAUGUGUAACUAAAAUUGACAAUUGGUAAUUGCUAUAUUAAAAAGAACUGCUCUUUUACAGUGUUAUUCCUCUGGUAAAUUACCUCGUAACUAUCGUGUUGGUCUGAAAUCUCCACGCGACCAAAUGGAUUAGAAAGUUACUGCUUCACAGUGAUGCUGUGUGUAGAGUAUGGCUUUGUUAUUUUUACAUCUAUGUCAUUUUUUUGUAUCAUGUUAAUGAUUAAUUAAAAAAAAAAAAGAGAA